AUGCCGAGCCCCCGGAGCAGCCGUGAGCGACGCGCCGGCAGCAGCAGCCGCCUGGAGUUCCUGUCCCUGGUGAGCCAGCGCAGCCCCGGCACCCCGGACAGCCCGUCACGCCGCAAGGAGUCGGGCAGCUCCGCGGCGGCCCCGCUGCCCGAGGAGGACUGCAUGAAGCUGAACCCCUCCUUCCUGGGCAUCGCCCUCAGCUCCCUGCUCGCCAUCGACCUCUGGGCCUCCAAGCGCCUGGGCGUCUGCGCUGGAGAGGGCUCGGCCUGGGGCAGCGCACGCCCCCUGAUGAAGGUCAUCGAGAUUUCGGGGCACGGCAUCCCCUGGGUGCUCGGCACCUUCUACGGGCUCUGCCAGAGCGACAGCUCAGCGGCCAGGGAGGUGCUGCUCAACCUGCUCUUUGCAUUGCUGCUGGAUCUUGUGCUGGUGGCAGUGGUGAAAGGGCUCAUCAAGCGGCCACGGCCCACCCACAACAAGAUGGACAUGUUCGUCACCAUCUCAGUGGACAAGUACUCCUUUCCGUCGGGCCACGCCACCAGAGCUGCCCUGGUCUGCCGCUUCAUCCUGCGCCACUUGGUGCUCGCCGUCCCGCUGCGGGUCCUGGUGGUGCUCUGGGCUCUCAUCGUCAGCGUUUCAAGGGUCAUGCUGGGCAGGCACAACAUGACGGACGUGCUCUUUGGUUUGCUGCUGGGCUACGCGCUGUACAGCGUGGUGGAGUACUGCUGGCUGUCCCCGCUCAGCGCGCCUGCCCUCUUUGCGCUCUGGAGCCGUUGAUGGCUGGGUCCGUCCUAAAGGAGAGGGCGUGCACCUGGUUUUCUAAGCGCACACAGAGAGGGGAUGCUGGGACUUGAACUCAUCCUAGACCCCAUCUAUCCAGCCAAGACUUCAACACUAGCGGUGCUGCAGGGUCGUGGGCCUGCACUUGGACGUUUGGUGCUGUCUUGCCCUCCCGAUGGGCUGUCAGCCAGGGUGCGCACUGGCCAAGCAGCUGCACUGACUGUUCUCCUGUGAAAAACCAGUCCCUGCAGAGCCUGGGGAGGGCUCGGCACAUUCAUCUGGCAGCUCACUGCUGAUACUGUGAAUCUGCAUGCUCUUGCUGGGCACCUGCUGCAUUAGCCCAUGGUGCAUGUGGUAGCUGCGGCUUUACAGAUUUGUCUGCAAUCGCCUGUGUCUCUGUAUGCUGUAAAUACACUGAUCGCAUUGCUGUUGUGAGCCUGCCCUGCACAGCCUGCUCCAUAAUGUCUGCCUGGAGGGGACUCACUGGGGUCUGCCCUCAGCUUUAUAAAGAGCUCUGC